UGCUGCUGGCGCUGCUGCUGGUCAGCGCUGAAGCGAGAAGAUCACGCCGAAAGAGAAUCCACCGGGUGGAGCUCCAACGAGACACGGAUCAGCGGAAGAUCCUGCGGAAUUUGGGGCCAACAAAGUAGAGUCAUCGGACGCAAACUGGGACUCGUGACAACGACAGCUGCGGCGACUUCAGCAAAAGCAACAUCAUCCGCAUCCUCAUCCUCAUCGAGUGCGGUACCCACGGAGACGCUCACAAAUUUCUUCAACACGGAAUACUACGCGAAAGUCUCCAUUGGCGGGCAGUCCUUCGGGGUGCUCUUCGACACGGCAUCGGCGAAUCUUUGGGUGCCAUCGGUGAAGUGCACUCAGAAUGUGUGCCUGCAGCAUCAGCGCUACGAUUCGAGUCGCUCCAAGACGUAUGUGGCCAAUGGCAGCGCCUUUGAGAUCCAAUAUGCCACCCGGGAGGAGGCUGUCAUACUGCAGGGAUUUCUCUCCACGGAUAAGCUGUCCAUAGCUGGUUUGACCAUCCAAAAUCAAACCUUUGCUGAGAUCACUUCGCUGCCGGAGAGCGUCUUCAAUCGUUCCAACUUUGAUGGCAUUUUCGGGCUGGGCUUUCGCAGCAUUUCCAUCGGGGAUGUCAAUCCGCCGCUGUUUAAUCUCUACGAGCAAGGACUCAUCGAUGAGCCUUUGUUCUCGCUGAUACUCAACCGGAAUGCCUCGGAUCCGAGUAAUGGAGGGAAGCUGCUGCUCGGAGGCAGCGAUCCAACGCUCUACAGCGGCUGCCUCACCUACGUGCCGCUCUCGAAAGUCGGCUACUGGCAGAUCACCGUCGCCAGCAUCAGCCUGGACUCUCAGUCCGAUUUGUGUGUAAAUUGUGAGGCCAUCAUUGAUGCGGGCACCUCGCUGAUUGUCGUUCCAUCUGCCACUCUGGCAACCAUCAACCAAAGGUUUGGCAUCACGGCAGCGGACAAGCGGGAUGGCGUCUAUACCAUCUCCUGCGAUAAGGUUUCCUCGCUGCCGACUCUUACUUUUAAUAUUGGAAGAAGGGACUUCAGCCUGCCCGCCAGCAGUUAUAUUUUGAAUUAUAGUGGCACCUGUGUCUCGGGUUUCAUGAGUCUGCCGGAUGGCGGCAAUGAUUUGAACAAUCUCUGGGUGCUGGGCGAUGUCUUUUUGGGUCCAUUUUAUAUUGAGUUUGAUAUGGAAUACAAGCGGAUUGCCAUUGCCAACAAGUUGUGAAUGGAACUUUAAAUUAAACUUAGUUAAAUAACCAA